GAGAAUGCCUAUAACAAUGACGAAACAGGGGUCAUGCUGUCCAGAUUAGGCUCAUUUACGGUCCUCGUAGGUAAGGAUAAUAUACGAGACUACAGAGGUGCCGGUCUAAAAAGGACAACGGUAACUUCCAUUGAAUGUGUUUCGGCAAGCGGCGAGUAUCUAAACCCAAUAGUUAGGUAUCAAGCCAGCCUCUACUUAUCGGAGCUUAUUCCCUUU